AUGUCCGACGAGACGUCGGCCACCACUUCGUACGAGAAGUUUCUAACCCCCGAGGAGCCCUUCCCGCUUCUGGGACCCCCUCGCGGGGUGGGCACCUGCCCGAGCGAGGAGCCAGGCUGCCUGGACAUCAGCGAUUUCGGCUGCCAGCUGUCCUCUUGUCAUCGCACGGAUCCACUCCACCGCUUCCACACCAACAGGUGGAACUUAACUUCUUGUGGAACAAGUGUUGCCAGCUCAGAAUGCAGUGAGGAGCUAUUCUCAUCAGUUUCUGUUGGCGAUCAAGAUGAUUGCUAUUCACUGUUAGAUGACCAAGACUUCACUUCUUUUGAUUUAUUCCCUGAGGGGAGUGUCUGCAGUGAUGUCUCUUCUUCUAUUAGCACAUACUGGGAUUGGUCAGAUAGUGAGUUUGAAUGGCAGUUACCAGGCAGUGACAUUGCCAGUGGGAGUGAUGUACUUUCUGAUGUCAUACCCAGUAUUCCCAGUUCACCUUGCCUGCUUCCUAAAAAGAAAAAUAAGCACCGGAAUUUAGAUGAACUUCCUUGGAGUGCAAUGACAAACGAUGAGCAGGUGGAAUAUAUUGAGUAUCUGAGUCGUAAAGUCAGUACGGAGAUGGGUCUUCGGGAGCAACUUGAUAUUAUAAAAAUAAUUGAUCCUUCUGCUCAAAUUUCCCCUACAGACAGUGAGUUUAUUAUUGAACUUAACUGUCUCACAGAUGAAAAACUGAAGCAGGUCAGAAACUAUAUCAAGGAGCAUAGCCCUCGCCAACGGCCUGCAAGAGAGGCCUGGAAGAGAAGCAACUUUAGUUGCGCAAGCACCAGUGGAGUAAGCGGGGCCAGUGCCAGCGCCAGCAGCAGCAGUGCCAGCAUGGUCAGUUCUGCAAGCAGCAGUGGGUCCAGUGUUGGAAACUCUGCUUCAAACUCCAGUGCCAACAUGAGUCGAGCACACAGUGACAGCAACUUGUCUGCAAGUGCAGCAGAGCGGAUUCGGGAUUCAAAAAAGCGAUCCAAGCAGCGGAAGUUACAGCAGAAGGCUUUACGCAAGAGGCAGCUGAAAGAACAGAGGCAGGCUCGGAAGGAGAGGCUCAGUGGGCUCUUCCUUAAUGAAGAAGUGCUGUCCUUGAAAGUGACUGAGGAAGACCACGAAGCAGAUGUAGAUGUUUUGAUGUAAUAAGGGUGAAUUUAUCAGCAUUCUUUCUAAGCAUUUAAGUAUUCUGUCCUUUUAUUUGUUUACAUGCAUCUUGACCAAACUUUUGGUUAGGGCUGUGCUGAUGUACCAUUAAUUUAGGCCAGUGGUUCUCAGCAGGUGGUCCCUGGACCAGCAGCUUCAGCAUCACCUGAGAAGUUGUUAGAAAUGCAUACUACCAGGCCCCAUUCCAGAUCCAGUGAAUCAGAAACCCUGGAGGAGGGGCCCAGCAUUGUGUUUUAACAAGCACCAGGUUAUUCUGCUGCACGCAGCUCUUGUUUUAAGAACCACUAAUUUAGUAAAUGUUUUGACUAUUUAGACUUUAGGGUGGUUUAAGUGGGCUUUUUCAAGAAUUAGUACUUUUACAGUUUAGAGGAUUUCAAGGUACUGCUGACAAGUAGUUUAUUAUGUCAGUAUAGGUACAUACGUAGCAAUCAUAAUUCAGUUUCCUUUUUAAUGUUACAGUUCCUUAGUUUGCUUUUUCUAAAGGGCCAUAGUAUAAUUCUCAAUUCCUAGUGAAAAUUCUUUUUUGAGGUUGUGGGGGUGGGGUGUGGAUUGCUGUUUACAAUAGUGCCUUCAUUAGGUUUGGUUCUGUUUUCAUUUGUUAUUAACUUAAAGGUGUAAUAACAGGCCCUAAGGUCUUUCCUGUUAGGUUUGUUUUUCACUUUAUGUAAAUUCAGAAUCCUUUUGUAAGUGAGGACUACUGAGGAAAUAAUGUUAUUAGUAGCUGAACUUU